AUGGCGGGCUCCGAGAUUUUCACGUGCGAGCUAGACACCGAGAACUGCGUCGAAAACAUCGACGUGCUUCGCGUCGCUGUCAGUACUGACGGUGUUGCAUACCAGUGGCUGGAAAGCUACCGCCAAGCUACGGAUACAUCCUGGAUUGUGGACUGGGAACUUCCAAACCCAACGAGGGUGGUGUUCCACAAAAAGUGGCGGUGCCAACACAGCAACCUUAACAAGACUGUUGGUUCACGCUCGACCGACUGUCCUGCGUUUGUUGACAUCAAAAUAAAGAAGGUCACAAAAGACACCAAAAAGCGUGACCCAUUCCUGAAGAGGGUGUUGCCUCUGCCUGCGGUCAUCAGGCUCAGGGAAGAACAUAAUCAUGUGCUCAACUGUGCCGAUGGUCUGCGCUUCCUGCGGAGCACCCCCGACACUCGAGCCUGCUUUUACAACUACUUCAAAGACGGCCUCACACCAGCAGAAGCCAUCGCGCUCCAUGCUCAGAAGCUGGCAGCUCAGGAGCACACCGCUGAGCUGCUGGCCAGCGGUGCUGUGAAACCGUGUGGAAACACCGUCUACCAUUGGUUCAGGGUGUGGCGCAAGAACGCCUUUGGUGGUGAUGCAGUGGAUCCACUGAUGAAGCUGGCCGAGAAGGAACCCACCUAUCUAAAACAAGGAGUGGACGUCAAGACCACCAAGUCAGAGGAUGGCACCUAUUGGGCCGUCCUUGUGGUCACGCCCAUCAUGCGGCGUACCCAGGGCUUGGAUACUGCCAGGCAGAUUGUGUUCCUCGACUCAACUGCCUCGUGCGACGAGUCCCAGAGCACUGUCACGGUGAACCUGACAGCAACCCCAGCUGGUGCCAUACCCCUGGCAGUGCUCCUCCACAGUUCUCAAAGCACGGAGAGCUAUACUGCCGCAUUCCGCCUCCUCAAACAGAAUUAUCCUUUGUGCUUCGGUGGCGCUCAUGCCCCACACACCUUCAUGAGCGACAACUCGGCCGCGGAAAAAGCAGCAUUACAAGCCACGUGGCCCGAGGCCAACCAGCUUCUGUGCCACUUCCAUGUGGCGCAAGCCGAGUGGCGCUGGCUCCAGGCAGCCCGAAACAAUGUGAGCCGGGAUGAGAGGCGGGAGCUGAUGAUCGCCUUUCAGAAGAUCAUGUAUGCAACAUCACCUGAAGAGCUCAACUGUGCCAUCGAAGAGCUUCGGCAGAUGCCCCACCGAGGCUACGUGGCCCGUGUCGAAGCCUUCUUAGAAAGGAAGACUGAGUGGGUUCUCCUCUUUCGUUUGGCCAUCACGACAAGAAGCCACAACACAAAGAACUUUGCGGAGGCCACAAUUAGAAUUCUCAAAGACGUUGUGCUGUGCCGCCGCAAGGCCUACAAUGCGGUCGCCCUGGUAGACCUUGUAGCCAGCGUAUGGGAAGGCUACUUCGAAAGGAGGCUGCUGACACAUGCAAACAACCGUGUGUCUUCUCACAAACUCCUUUACAACAAGCUCCUCCAGAGGAUGCCCGAAGGUGCAGCCCAGACGGUUCAAGCCCUUGGCAACAACGUGUACCAGGUGCCCAGCGGUCGGGAAGACGACAAGGUGUAUCAGGUGUUCCCGGACAUCGGAGCCUGCACCUGUCGAGCCGGACAGCAGGGCGCAUUCUGUAAGCAUCAGGCCCUCAUCCACAACAUCUACGGAGGAGCUUUUCCAAAUGCGCCCCCGCUCACACCGCAAGACCGGCACCAGCUGGGACUCCUAGCCUUAGGCGACAAGUGCCCUGAAGCUAACUUCUUCAGGGACUUCACCGACACCCUGAAGGAGCAACCUUCCUCCAGCACUGGCGGAGACAAGCAAGCACCACCGCAGCUUCUGCCACAGCUCGACCAGCAGAUGGAGACUGUUUAG